AUGGAUUAUUCAAGCACAACUGGUUCCAAUGCGGCCGCCACGAGGGCGGAACGAUUUGAGGAUGAGAAACGUCGAAUCAUUGAUAGCUGUUUCAACAAAAAGGAUACCGAUGGCUUGCUUCAUGAAACUUAUAUUACCCAUAUUCGCGUCACCGAGUUCUCCUCACAUUCAUCGAUGCCGCCUCCUCCUGAAGCUCGGGGUCAGAAUACGGAGAAGCCCAGGAUUAUUGUUGUGGCAGUACGAAAGUCCGGAAGAGUUCGAGUCCACAAAGCCAAGGAGAACAAUAGUGGAUCUUUCUCAAUCGGCAAGACAUGGAAUCUAGACGACCUCUCACACAUCGAAUCCUAUACGGGGCCAAAGGUAAGCCCGAAUCUGCGAGAAUGGGCUGGAGAGACUGGCUUCCUCGUUACACUGGGGAAGCCCUAUUUUUGGCAAGCUCAAACCGAAAAGGAGAAGAAGUUCUUCAUCGCAAGUUUGAUCAAAAUCUAUGGCAAAUAUACAGGAGGCAAAUUGCCCGAGUUAUCAGGGUUCGACGUGAGGGAAUUGGACCAAAUUCUAGGGGCAGGCAAACGCCCAACCGGAACUCCGCCUCGGCAGCAAACGAUUGAUCCGGCAACCAGCCAGCAAACUAUCGCCACAUCAUCAGCCGCCCCCAAAAGUAGUCUUGGAGAGGCCCCACGAUAUCCCAGGCCCUCCCCUCUUGUCCGGCCUUCGGCAAAUGAAAGUAGGUCUCCUGCUGGAAGUUUCGACUCUACUGCAUCCAGAGAACGAUCCGUUCCACGAUGGACGGCCCAAAACAACAAAAGCCAAGACUCUAUUGCCAACUCUACUGCAACAAAAGGCGAUGAUACGUCGAGCAUCCCACCGCGUUCGCGCAGCGGCAUGAGUGGGCCGAGUGGCCUAAGUGGCCUAAGUGCGCUGAGCGAACCUCGAGAUGUUCCCGAUUCAACUCACGAUUCUAUACCUGCUUUACCUCGCCCAUCACUGGAAAGCAAACUACCACCUGAGAGAAGGCGCCCCCCUAUGGAUCCUUCAAGACCACAGGAUAGGGAUUUGGUCCCUGCCCCCUUGAUGAGCUCACCAGCUAAAAAGGAGCCGGUGGCACCUCCGCCACGGAGUAUCGAUCGGGUUGCCUCUCCAGCAAUUCCAUCAGUGUUACAACCAGGGAUAGCUUUUGCUGGCAGAACUAGCCAGGACGGAAGCCCACCACGUCUCACGGAGCCUCUGGAGGACGUGGAGAAAAAACCAAGAAGCAUCAAUCAAUCAGGAACAAGGGAUACGACAACACUUGAAAAACAGUUGACUUCGCCAGAUGAGGAAACUCGUCCUGGUUUAGGCCCCAUGAUAAAGUCUAAGAUAUCCAAAGGGGAUGUUGCCGGUGCAUUUUGGAAAGCUGCGUCUGCCGCAAAUGCUUUCCGUCCACGACCGGGAGGAGCCGGAGAGCGCCUCCGCCAGAAUCAAGCCAAAUCAAACGAGGGUCCUGAUGGCAUUACAAGCGUUGUCCCGGCACCGCCUAGACCUGCCUCUCGCGAUGCAAACCCUCCCACCAUUGAAACCCCAAAGCCGACCGUUAGUGACUUGGCAAUACCAGAGGUCAAAAUAUUGGUGGCCGAGUCAAAUACCCCUGGAAUUGCACCAGCACCAACUAAAGAAGUUAGUGAGCCUGAGAAGGACGCAGCGGCUUCAAAAGAAGCCUCUCGUCGGCCCGUAGUCGUUGGACAGGAUGCUAGUGAAGAAUUCGGCAAAUGGCUGGAUUUCUUUGGUUGGGUUCCUGGUGAUCAGAUGCACUGCUUAAAUAUGGACGAUAUAGGCAAUGACCUGGAGCGAGAAUUAAACACAGUCCAAGCGGGGGGGUGGCUAGCACGCUUUCGAGAAGAGGAUGAGAGGGUAAAUACGAUCAAACGUGGAAUCGAUCUUGCUAUGGGUGAAUGCGAAGAGCUGGAUAAUUUACUUACUUUAUAUUCAGUGGAGCUCUCGACCCUCUCAGACGACAUUGCGUAUAUUGAAGCUCAAGGCCAAGGCCUCCAGGUACAAACAGCCAACCAAAAAUUGCUAAGGAAGGAACUGGAGUCAUUGCUGGAAACAUGCGCCAUAACUUCAACCGAUCUCCAGGCACUUCAACAGGCACCCUUGGACAGUCUUCGAGGCUUGGAAGAAGUUGAACUCUCCCUUGUGACUCUAUUUAGAGCCAUGAUAAAGAUUGAUCCCUCUCUUGGAGGGGACGACACCGGAAAGUCUAUAGAUACUGCUCUGGACGCUGACAAUGCCUUGGGGCUAAACAGCAAUUACGGCAAGAUGAGAAUUGUGCAAGAGAAGAGAGAAAUGUACCUGCACGAAAGCAGGUACUUCAUGAAACGACUACUGGACUUCAUGACCGGUCAGUUCGCCGAAGCUUAUGUCGAAACGAAGCGAGCAUUGGAUGGUGCUCUUUCGAAAAAAGUUGAUCCUGCACAUCACAGCAUUGGAAGAGAUCUUCUGUGGAAGUACAGCCCCUUAAUGCUCUACGCGAGAGAUGCGGACCUAGAAAACUGGAAUCGCCUCAUGCAAAUUUAUCAAGACAAGAGCUCUCCCGUGUAUAAGCACGAAUUUCAGCAUGUGAUUACUCUUUGGCGUAAAAAUGCGAGGAAAUUAACAGGAGAUGAAGCAGAGGUUAUCUUCUCGUCUCAAGUUGAAAAACAGCAGGAGGGUGUGGCUACAGCGGCUAGGAAGUUGACCGUGAAACAUGGUGGCACCAGAGCGCACGUUGAAAGGAACACUACGGAUAAUAGAAGCCUGCCAUACGAAAUCUUCUCUGAGGCCUUGGAAGAUCUUUUGCCUCUGGUUGAGAUGGAACAGAAUUUUAUCAUCGAUUUCUUCCAUGCGACUACAUUGGAACAAGCAGAUUUCCCAGAGGCGGUUGCAGCUUCUCCUCCUCGAGACCGCCGUGGAGGCGAUUUGAAACGCCAUAGGCUCAUGGAACCUGACCGAGAACUUGCUCGCCGUGUUACGCGGUCCAUGGAGGCCAUUUUCGCAUUCCUUGAGGCUGAGUUACGAAGGCUGAUGGAGUGGGCAAUCGCCCAAGAUCCACUUCAAGGAGUUGGAGUGCUCGCUACGCUCGAGAGAAAAUUGUCUGAAAUGGGGCAAUCUAAUCAAGAUUUCUUGAAUGCCCUUCUCCAGAAGCUGCAUGCAUCAUUGGAGGGGCAAUUCAGAAAGUUUGUUGAUGAACAGAUACGAGCCAUCGAGGAAACAAAAGUUAAAAUCAAGAAGCGCAAGGGUGUCAUAUCAUUCAUACGAAUAUUUCCCGCUUUCAUGGCCGCCGUCGAAAACAUGGUCGCUGGGUUGGAUCAUAACCUAAUCUUGCGGCGGACGGUAAAUCGGGAGUACGAUCGCAUUCUCAAGACAAUGUUCGAAUCACUCAUGGUGAUUGCGCGUGAGCAUCCGGCCGUUGUCGGGGUUGCCGGCGGAGCGGCUGAUCCAGAGGACAAGGAGGCGCUGAACUUUCACAUUUUGUUGAUUGAGAACAUGAAUCACUUUCUCGAAGAGACUGAUGCCCGCGGCCUAGAGGUUCUUGAAAACUGGAAAGCACAAGCGAAUACCGAAUAUCAUGAGCAUAUGGCGCUCUAUCUAAAUGCGGUGAUGCGGCGACCCCUGGGGCGACUUCUGGAGCAGAUUGAGAAUAUCGAAGCGCAGCUGCAAACCGGCAAGUCCGCAAUGGCAAUCGCUCGACAGCCCUCAAACAAUAAGACGGCAUUCAAUAAAGUGCUGGGCUCUUAUGAUGCGAAGGAAGUACGGAAGGGAAUUGAAACUCUACGGAAACGCGUGGAGAAGCAUUUCGGCGAUGCUGACGAUCCCACCCUCAGCCGAGGCCUGGUCGUCAGGGUGCUUCAAGAAUGCGAAGAGUUCUACACCGAGGUUGAAGGCAGGAUAGGUAGGAUUAUAACUGAUGUCUACGGCGGGGAGGUAUUCUUUGAAUGGCCUAGGGUAGAGGUGAAGGCUGCCUUCAGGUAA